AUGUUGUUGCUAUUUAUUUUCAUUGUGCCUCUCUUAAGUUAAACAUGUUUCAGUAAUAAAGCAGCUGUAGAUUGUACAUAUUUGAAAUGUUGUUCUCAAUAAGGAUACUGUGCUGUAAAUGAGAGUGAAUGUUAUUAUAGUGCUGAGAAAUGUAUAAAUAAAUAAGAUUACAAUUAGAUUCAUGUGAUUAUGCUGAAUGUGAUUAUUGUUGUAUUUAUAAUGGAGAUACUGUUGAAUGUGGUACUCAGAAUUAAUGUUUAGCUUGGAUAUUCAUAUUGUUAGGUUCUUGGUUAUUAAUGACAUUAAUUGUAAUAUUUGCAGCUAUUAAUCGUAAAAGAAAUGUAGCUACUCGUAUGAUUGUUAUUGCUGAAAAAGCUAAAUUAGUUGCAUUAGAUAAUUCAAGAAAAUCUAUUGUUUCAUAAAUAAUUGGAACAGAAGAAUAAUAAUAUGGGAAAGAAUUUUAAGUUAAUAUAGAUAAUUAUAAUUUGUAAUUAUGA